CCCACAGCAGAGGUCACAGCACCCCAGCCAAACAAGCAACAAGCAAGCAACAGAAGAGAGCAGAGAGGGAGGAGGAGAACAGACAAGGAGGAGACAGGGCAGAUGGGUGACACCCACAGCAAGGCAGAGGGAGAGGAGAGGGCGAGGGAGGAGGUGGAGGCCUUGCUGGCACAGACGAAGCUGAGGGGUGAGGUGAAGGACAAGAUCAGGGCCAUCGCCAACAACACGGGUGGGGAUAAAGUGAGCUUUUGGCGGGAUCGCCUCGGCGUCAGUGGGGCGAAGGCAUUGGCAGAGGCGCUCAAGGACAACACCUGUCUCAGAGUGCUCAACCUGUGGGACAACGUCAUCGGUAAUGAGGGCACUGUGGCGUUGGCAAAGAUGCUGAAGCACAACACGACCUUGACAUCACUCGACCUGAAAAGCAGCCGCAUCGGUCCUGUGGGCGCUGUGGCGUUGGCAAAGAUGCUGAAGCACAACACGACCAUGGCAACACUCAUCCUGGACAACAAUGAUAUCGGUUCUGAGGGUGCUGUGGCGUUGGCAAAGAUGCUGAAGCACAACACGACCAUGGCAACACUCAUCCUGAAAAGCAGCCGCAUCGGUCCUGUGGGCGCUGUGGCGUUGGCAAAGACACUGCAGCACAACACGACCAUAACAUCACUCGAGCUGUACAACAACAAUAUCGGCAAUAAGGGCGCUGUGGCGUUGGCAAAGAUGCUGAAGCACAACACGACCAUGACAACGCUCAACGUUUCCCACAAUCAUAUCACGGAGCCUGGCAUGGUGAAUGUGCUGAAGCAGCUGCAAGGCAUGGAUGCCCAAGCCAAGAUUCGGCUGUUCGAGUUCAAGCUCGAGUCCUCCACCUCCGUCGCCCGCACACUGGCCACGCUCCGCACCAAGCGCCCGGACAUCAACGUCGUGUUCAGCAAGUGGUAUUUCGAAACAGAGGACGAGUUCGACUCUUCCGCCAAAGCUGCCUACCAAGACCAGCUCGAUCUCCUGAAGCUGCUUGAGACAGGCUCCGUUCCUCUGGAGACAGCAAAAGUGUUUGUGUGCGGCGAUUACGGCAUCGGCAAGACGACGAUGAUCAAGUCGCUGGACAGUGAUGAUCAUGAACCCCAAAGUCAGGCAGAGCAGCCACCCAACGACCCAGAUCGGCCGGAUGAGCGCACACCUGGCAUCCGCGUGUGUGACAUGAAGCUUCAAGACACCACAAGCCAAGGCAACGAAGGUGGCAACGCUGCAUCUCUUCGCGUGUACGAUUUCGGCGGGCAGCUCGCAUAUAACGCCAUCCACACGCUGAUGAUGUCGGACCGCUUCGCUGCCUUUGUCGUCUGCGUCGACCUCUCCCAACCAGAACAGCACGUGAAGGAUCGCGCCAGCUACUGGCUGCAGUUCAUCUGCACGCGACUGAAGCAGGGCAUUGCGGCUGCCACAGCAACGGCAGGCGUUGAUGCCAUGGAAGAGGUGAAGCCGCGCGUCGUCAUCGUGGGCACCAAAAGGGAUAUUGCUCGCAAGAUAGGGCUUGUUGGAGCACAUUGGCAGCCCACUUGGAGCACAGCGAUGAUCGCAUACCUGCAGCACACCUUCGGCCACAUCAUCGACAUCCAAGACAGCCUCAUAUCUCUCAACUGCCAUCAGGGAGGGGAUGCGGGCUUUGAUCAGCUGCAAGCCCACUUGGUCCAGCACUGGCGGUGGCUGAAAUCACUCGAGAUGCUGGUGCCAAAGGUGGUGGGGAUUGUUGGCCCGAGCAUUGAGUCCGCUCGGCAACAACACCCAAGUUGGACGGUGUCUGAACUCCUGGAGUACAUCCGACGCAGUAGCAGUGAUGAAUUCGCCCCCACGUCUGCAUUGGACGAAGGCGUAUUCCAUCGCAUUCUCAGAUACCUCCACUCCCGCGGUGAUCUUCUCUGGUACUCUAAUACGCCAUCUUUGGCCAACCACGUCUUCGUUUCCCCAAACUGGCUCUUGCACGAUGUGAUGGGCAAGGCGUUGCAGCCAGAGGGCGUGGCUUGUGGAGGCCUCCGACCAGAGAACGGGGUUGUCACCUUCAGUGAUAUCGAAGCAUCUUUCCGCGGCAUCGCCAGCGCUGACCUCGUCAUCAACGUGCUGCAACACGCCCUCCUUUGCUUUGAGCUGCCACCUGCUGACGAUGGCCAACGACGAUUCAUGCUGCCGAGUCGCGUGGAGCGCUUGGUUGGCGUUGGUGACGCCUGGCCACAUGACGAGUGGCCUCUUUAUGCCGGGCGGCGCAUGGUGCGCGAUGGCGUGCAAUGCCUUGGGCUGCUCCGAGGCGGCCGUGAAGUUGACGUGUGGGUCCGAGCACUCGCUGGCGCCGAGUGCAACGCCUGGAGCUGCAUGACGCAGGUCUUCGAUUUGCUGCAGGAAGAGGCGCAUGGCAUCGACCACGUAAUCCUUGUGCUCAGUGCCAAUCACUUGAAGCAGCACAAGCAGUAUCCAGCCGGGUAUGACAUUACUUCGCUCCACAACAAGCGUGCGAGCGAUAUUGUGACGUCCACCCACCACAGACCAGGCUGCUCCGUCAUGGAACGUGUUGGGGAUCUGCUUGUGCACAAUCCCGUCCUGACAGCACCCUGGCACCAAUCUGGCCACGAGUGGCACCAUGCUGCCUGGCGGCUCGACGACAGCUUUGACCGCCAGUUGCAGUGGACUGGGCCUGGCAAUCAUGACGUGUACUCUGCGCCACUGCCAGCCGACACCGACUUGUAUCGGUGGAUAGAGAACCAGAUGGGACUGGGCCUCACCCUGUCACGCGUGGAGGUGACCAAGUCCACCACAAUGCUGCGGGCGUUCAAAGCGCAAGUGGAGCGGUCGGCGACGCGCCGUGGCAGUGCAAACCCGUCCAACCCCUUCAACAAGGACUUUGGGGCUGGUGAUCCGGACAAGCGCGCCAUGCUCGACCGACUUAAGACGCAGUUUGCAGAAACACCCGGUGACGUGAACCACGUCAGCGUGCUGAUUGGUUUCCACGGGUGUGCUGAAGACGUGGCUGACAACAUCACGGCCACGGGCACCACCAACCUCAGCAGUCCAGAGGAUCCAGGUUUCUUCGGCGCUGGUAUCUACCUCACACCGCAAGCUAACUAUGCUGCCGGGUACUCGACACGCCUGCUCACUGGCCACUGGCGUGCACCCAACACAGACGGGGAGCACUUGAUGCUCCUCUGCGCUGUCAGUGUCGGCCUGGCGUACCCCGUCACCAGGAGGGCGGACUACACUGGGAAGAUGCCGCCCCUCUGGGACGCCACAAACAACAUGCUCAUCCCAACAUGUGAUUUCUUUGGUAAGCCCUUGCACAGAGGAUGCGACACCCACUAUGCGCAGGUGACGAAAAGCAUGCAUUACCAAGCCACCCCCACACCUGGCACCCUUGGCUUUGAGGAGUACGUCGUGUCGCAGGAGGCACAGGUCCUCCCGUUUGCCAAGGUGUUUGUGAAUGUUGACAUGAACGCGUAUUUGUCGCACUUGUCGACCCUGCCAUGAACACAAGAGUGUAGAUGUUCACAAGUGUGCCUGUUGUGUUGACAGCUUUUGUUUUGGCCGAUUGUGUUUUGUGUGCUUUGUGUUUUGUGUGUGUGUGUGUGUUUGUUUGCGUGUAUGUGUGUGUGUGAGCGUGUGUAUUUGUGCGUGCUUUUCAAGUUGGCUUUGUUCUUUUUCAAUCGUUCCUUCCUGCUUAGCGCCUUAUCUCAGCCAAUCAUACAGUUCUCUCCCGUGACACAGACUGAGGAAACGGUUG